GAUCCCAGGAGGCAGGUCUGAGAGCAGCGAGUCCUGACAGUCACCAUGUACAGUGGUGUCGCGCCUACCCGGCGUCUCCUGCUCAGUCCCUGAUCCUGACCCACAAGAGUUGAGUCUAGAGCCUGCUCGGCCGCACCAUGAGCCACGGGCCGAGCCCCCGGCUGGCCGAAUCCCCGCAGCUGGUCAAGGGCAGCCUCCUGACCAUCCUGGGCGGCCCUUCGCCGGAGCGCACGGGACCGGCCGACUCGCUGCCCCCCACGCCGUCCAGCGGUACGCCCUCGCCGGGACCCCCGCCCGUGCUGGCCCUGCCGCCCGCCCUGCCCGCGCCCCCACCCGCGCUGCUGGCCGAUGGGGACUGGGAGAGCCGCGAGGAGCUGCGGCUGCGGGAGCUGGAGGAGGCACGCGCGCGCGCGGCGCAGAUGGAGAAGACCAUGCGCUGGUGGUCAGACUGCACGGCGAACUGGCGCGAGAAGUGGAGCAAGGUGCGCGCCGAGCGCAACCGCGCGCGCGAGGAGGUGCGCCAGCUGCGCCAGCGCCUGGACGCGCUCACCAAGGAGCUGGAUGGCGGCGAGGACCCUGACCCCGAGCGCGAGCCGGUGCGCGACGUCGGGGCCGAGAGGCCGCCGGGCAGCCAGGAGCUGGACCUGGUGGAAAGCUUGCUGAAGAGCAGGCCUGAGGAGCCCGAGGGAGGCUGGGAGUCCCGAAGUGUGGCAGCCGGAGGUUCACGGGGCAGCUCAGGCCGCCCGGAGCGCAGCCGGAUACCUUGGGAGGACCCCGUGGCCACGGAGGAUGACACCUCCAAAUUGACUGCCCUGCGGCUGCGGCUGGAUGAGUCCCAGAAGGUGCUGCUCAAGGAGCGAGAGGACAAACUGGCACUGAGCAGAAACAUUGAGAAGCUGGAGGUGGAGCUCAGCCAGUGGAAGAUCAAGUAUGAGGAGCUGAACAAGACCAAGCAGGAGAUGCUCAAGCAACUCAGCAUCCUGAAGGAGGCACACCAGGAUGAGCUGGGCCGCAUGUCUGAAGACCUGGAAGACGAGCUGGGCGCGCGUUCCAGCAUGGACCGGAAAAUAGCCGAACUGAGGGGAGAGAUGGAGCGGCUGCAGGCAGAGAACGCAGCAGAGUGGGGCCGCCGUGAGCGGCUGGAGACAGAGAAGCUGGGCCUGGAGCGAGAGAACAAGAAGCUGCGGGCACAGGUCGGGGACCUGGAGGAGGCACUGGCCCGGCGGCGGCGGCAGACGGCCAGCGCCCUGGACUGCGACCUGCGGGCCAGCCAGGCCGCACUGUUCGAGAAGAACAAGGAACUGGCCGACCUGAAGCACGUACAUGGCAAGCUGAAGAAGCAGGUCCAGGAAAAGGUGGCAGAGCUGACCCAUGCCAAUCGGCGUGUGGAGCAGCACGAGGCUGAGGUGAAGAAGCUGCGGCUGCGCGUGGAGGAGCUCAAGAAAGAACUGGCCCAGGCCGAGGAUGAGCUGGAUGAAGCUCACAACCAGGCCCGGAAGCUGCAGCGAUCCUUAGAUGAGCAGACGGAGCAGAGCGAGAACCUGCAGGUGCAGCUGGAGCACCUACAGUCCAGGCUCCGCAGGCAGCAGCAGAAUGCCCCCCUCUUUGGGAAGAUGCGCAGUGCCCGCUUUGGCACCGAGGAGGCCGGGGACGGAGCCAGUGACCUGGAUGAGGACGAGGACCUGCAGAUCCAGGUGGCCUAGAACCUCCAGGGCUGGGUGGAUUGGCCUGAAGCCACUCCAACUGACAGAGCUGCCUGGGCAGGAUGGGUGUCCAGACCCUGCCCCAGCCACAGGCCUCUUGCUUCGCCCAGGAGGAUGACAGCCGGGCCUGGCAGGGAGGCCUGUUUGAUCAUAUAUGUAUGUGUACCCAGGACUCACACCCAUUUGGUCCUGUGGACAUAGGACGGCCUGGCUCCCAGUACAGGUGGGCUCGACCAGCACCUCAUGCAGAGGUGGGGCAGGCCAAAGGAGCGUCGUGGGGCCCCAAGCCAGGCUGCUGCCUCUCUAGGUCUUGGCGGUCCAGCGGCAGUUGUUCACAAUACGAUGUGAUAAACCCAGUGUUUUGUAAUAAAUGGAGUUCACUUUCUCAGAGCAGAGUCCUGAAAGUGUGGCAGAUAUGGAGUGGGGGUGAGGAGCCAGCAUCAGCCUGAGACAGGAUCAAGUGUCAUUGAAUGAGUGAGGGAAUGAGUGAAUGGACUACCAUCAGAGCUUGGGGGGUCUGGCAUCGAGCCCCUGUCCAAGGAGGAGGAGGUGUGGUAUGCAUCUAAUGCGGACAAGAGAAUACUUCUGGUCGAGCAUCUGAUGGACUCAAAUCUUUCCUUAGCCUCUUACUGGCUGUGCAACCUCAAGGAGGUUACUUGCCUUCUCUGACCCUCAGUUUCUCCAUCUAAGAUGUUUCCUAGUAGAGUGGGUAAUAAAUACUAAAUAAAU